AUGGCCACUAUUACCUUCGGUACCAUUGGCACGAACUGGAUCACAGAGUCUUGGAUCCUGUCUGCACACAAACAUGGACAGUGGAAGCUCCAUGCAGUCUACUCACGAUCCGAAGACCAAGCAAAGAAGUUUGGUGAGAAGUAUGGCUGCUCCACGGCCUACUCCUCCCUUGACAGCUUUUUCGGCGACAGUGGGAUGCAAGCAGUGUACAUAGCUUCACCCAACAGCCUGCACUAUGAACAAGCGAAGCAAGCCAUGAAGGCCAAGAAGCAUGUCUUGCUGGAGAAGCCGGCCACGUCUACACCGGAAGAGCUUGACGAUCUGUUCAAGAUCGCGAAAGGGGAGGGUGUUUUCUUGAUCGAGGCCUUCAGACACAUACAAGAGGCGAAUUACAAGCUUCUACAGAAGUCGGUCAAUGAGGAGAAGCGACUGGGUCCAAUAUAUGGCGCAAGCUUCACGUACGCAUCAUACUCGUCACGGUACAAUAACGUGCUUGCCGGCGAGGUCCCCAACAUUUUCAACCUCGAAUUCUCCGGCGGAAGUCUGGUGGACAUUGGCGUCUACCCUGUGGCUUUCGCCAUCGCCUUGUUUGGCGCACCCAAGGAGCAGACAUACGUACCGUAUGUCACUCGACCAGGUGUCGACGGGGGUGGAGUGAUCAUCCUCCGCUACGAAGGCUUCGGCGUCCAGAUAAACCACUCGAAAUGCUACAACAGCUCGGCACCGUGCGAAGUGUAUGGUGAGAAGGGCACGCUCACGAUCAAUGCUACCACGGACAUCAGCACGAUCAAGUAUUUGGAUCCGAAGACGAAGAAGAGCGAAGAGCUUGCCGGUCCGUUCAAGACGGUCGACAAGCCGAAUGUCAAUAUGGAGGAGGAGUUGGUGGAGUUUGCGCGGAUCAUCAACGAGAAGGAUACUAAGGCUGCUGAGGAUUUGGAGCGGAUUAGCAAGAUCGUGAUCAAGGUUACAUCGGAUCUGAGGAGGCAGAAUGGUAUAUUGUAUCCCGCAGACAAGCGGUAG